AUGGCACGUUUCUCAUUCUCUUCGAUCCUGAAGGGCUUUUACCAUGCCUGGCAGUUCAUCUUCACCGUCAUCCUCAUCCUCAUCUGGAUCGUGGCCUGGCUCGUGCAGGCGGGGUCCAUCGACAUGCCUGAGUGGACAAAGGACCUGCGCGACCAAGACGAGGAGGACUGGAAAGUGCUCUGGGUUCUUGGUGUCAAGAGCUCGCUUUUGAUAAUUUUAAUGAUGGAAUGGUAA